AUGGAUAUCAUUGAGCAGGCUAUUCAUAAUGUCAAACUCCAACUUGGAGUACUUCCAAUAAGUCGAGAGAUUGCUGAAGAAAUAUUACGCUCGGAUUCAAAUAGUUACCAAUCGCAAUUACUUCAGCACAUUGCUACUGAUUCAUUUGGAGCUGCUAUUCCUUUAAAUCACUCAUCUCUUUUCACAGAUGCUGCCAAACCACACAUUAAAAACACAUCUAGUCACGGAUCAACUUUGGAACAAGGUUCCGAUGAAUCAGCAGCCAAUAUGCCUAAAAUAAACUCUGACAACUCAACUACAUCUGGAUCCACAUCAGAGAUUCCUAAAACUAAUCCAGACCCACCCAAAAAAAACGUAACCCAGCAUUCACAAGUGACACAUAAAGCAUGGGAUCCAGCUACUCGCAACCAAGUCUUUAUCAUUCGUCAAAUAUAUACUGAAUAUCGAGAAACCAUCACAUCUAAUUUAACAAAAACCUGGCUAUCUAUGCGAAACAGCAUGCUUCAGCAUGCGUCUCUGCUUCCUGUUCCAGAUGAAACCAUUAUCCAGUUUGAUGAAAACAUGAAAAAGUUUAUAUCUCGUCAAAUCCUGAUUCUCCAAUACGAAUCUCUUCGUCACAUUAUGCGGCUCGUGGCAAGUCCCAUACCAAUAGGAUACGAUGUUUCUUCCGAAUCAAUCAAAACUAACGAGGAAAUGAACCGGUUACGUGUUCAAGCAUUUAUGCCUCCUGGUAGCGACUUACUUUUAAACUAUAGCCAAGUGGUCCUGUUGGAAUCAAGCUUUGCUGUAAGUCAGACCCAUUCCAAACUUGAAAAAAAACGGCUUGCAUAUUUAACUGGAUUGCGAAUAGGAGAUGUGAGCAGAUGGUUUGAAAUGAAACGAGUUUCCAAGGCAAGUGGUCAGAUGUAUAGAGUCGAAGCCAAACUUGCCAUGAGCUAUUGUAACUUUGACAUGGGGUCCACUUCCACAGCAAUUUCCAAUGCAAUCAACAACUACAUCACUCCCCCUACUGUGAACAUGAACACGCUAGUAUCACUUGGAAUCCCAUCCACCAACACAUUCGGCCAUUCCAUUGCGUGGUGUGAUCCAGUCCAAGCUGCAAUGCAACCCUUGCCGUCAUACAGAACAUCCAAUCAAAGCACAUUGGAUGUUCUUCAAGAUCAGCAGCCAAUCGUGUCUUCAGACUCGACACACGAUAUUCAAGUCGAUGUCAUGUCCGCCAUGCCUUCCUUGACAGGAUUACACACAUCGUUAUUUCCACACGCACCCCUAAUGUUUAUGGAUCCUUCUCUCUUGGAACAGUGUGGCCAACAAGAAUUUUAUCCAAAUCCACAAAACGAACAUGUCACAUUGGCCAAAGUGCCGUUUUACUGGAAUUUUACAAAAAGCUGA